AGUACGGGAAUGUGCUGAUAUUAUUAAACAAUUUUUUUCGUUUGUUUAGUAAUCUUAAAUCAUUUUCCACCGGUGCGUGUUAAAGAAAAUUUAAAUAUUGACUUAUUUUAUAAAGAUAUUCUCAUAACAAGUUUAUCUCGUCGAGAGAAUCCGACGACAGCCUUACUUAUUCGUGGCAGACUACGCGGGUAAACGAGUUAUAUUUGAAUAAUGAAUAUUAAGUGGUUCAUUAAUUUAGCAGUUCUAUUAGUGGCGAGUGAUAAUCUAGUGCAGACAUACAACAUAUCAGUAUACGACAUUUGUCCCUUAUAUAAAAAGGGCGCUAGCUUGAACAUAUACGACGUGGUGGGGCGUUGGAUGACAGUCUACACGCAACCAAGGGCGAUAGAUUGCUUUAAAUUUCAAGUUAGAGCAACUACUGACUUGGAGCGAGAACAAUACGUAAUAAAGUAUGGAGAGUUCGGCGGCCGCGUGGACUGGAACCUUUGUCUCUUGCAAGUGGAGACACUGGCGGGGAAACACUUCUUAAUGGGUAACGGUUCAGAGUCAGGACUCCUGGAAAAUAUUAUCAUAAUGGAGAAUAAAUAUGGCGACUAUACGUUACAAAACCAGAGUGCAGACCAAUGGAUGUUGUUUGGUCGCCGCGGGAGUGAAGUGUUGAUGAUCCGUGAUUGCUACGGGGAAACGGCAGCCGCCUUCGCGCGCGCCCCCUACUGGCCGUCCACGCACGAACUUAGUGCAAUAUUCCACCGCAGCGGGAUUGCUGCACAAACCCGUGGACGCCUACUUUGUGAGCCUCACGAGAUACCGAGAAGGCAGCAGCAGUACGCAGCCAGCUACUCACACAAUAGAAACAGGAAUUACUAAGCAACGGCGACGUACCAAACAAUCGUUGUGUUUUUAACGUUAAAAUAAAAUAAAAGAAAACUCGUUAUGUUUAAAAAAUA